UCGACGGCAUUGGGAACCAUUACGAGGGUAUAAAAGAGCCAGUUCGGAGAGACAAUCCGCGACAGAAUUAUCUGGUGCAGUGAACGGCUAAGCCAGCUCGUACGACACAAUGCUCGCAAAGCUCAUCUUCCUCGGCAUUGUGGCCUGCGCCAUGUCGCAGCUUAUUUACCCGGAGCCAAUCUACCCUCCGCAGCCGUACCACUUCGGCUACGAUGCGGUGAACCCCGUGGAGGGCUCGCACCACUACCACGAGGAGACCAGCGACGAGACCAACUCGCGCACGGGGUCGUACGGCUACACGGACGCGUUCGGCGUGUCCCGCCGCGUGGACUACGUCGCCGACGCCGGAGGCUUCCGUGCCAGUGUCUCCACCAACGAGCCCGGCACUGCUCCCAGCGCUCCGGCCGAUGUCUUCUACUCGAACCCUGUGCCCGCCUCGUAACCGUCCAGCAAUAAAUGAUCUUCUCACAGCUCCAGUGAAGUACUCACCAGACUCCGAUUGUAUCACGAUGCGGACCAGACAUUUCCGUUGAUUUAACGUUUCUCUCUCUCUCUCUCUCUCUCUUUUUUUUUUUUACUACAGCCGGUAUCUUGUCGUGCAGCUUAAGGUAGUGCAGGGUACUUUAGUGGCUUCUUUUGGGAAGCAGAGUCUUUCAUUACUGCUGUUUUUUGGUACAAGUGUAAGCAGAGAGUUCAACGUGCUUUUCCUUCUUCUGCCAUAUUUGCGAAAUGUCCUUCUGUACAACAAGCGCGGUGGCAUUCAUUUGCUCUCUUUUCGCUAUUCAUUUCUGCGAGCCAUGUCUUAUCCGUACAUAUUUAUAUCACAACUAUUUCUUGCCUUUGAACAUCUCAAUCCGUCUUCUUUCGCUUGUAAAUCCGGUAAUUACGCUAUCUCGCAAAAUUUUCAAACGUCUUUUCUUCCAUUUUUCUUUGUUGUUUCACAGCUAGGCGAUCUCCUUUUCUCUCACUUUAUUUAAUGUUCAGCCUGAAAUUGUUUUGCCUUCAGUAAAUGCCAGGGUGGUACGUUAGCCGUCUAUUCUCGCUUUUAAGCGGAAUCUUCGUUUUUUUUUUUAUGUUCAAUGUUCUAUAUUAUCCUAUAAUAACCAAGGCUUCUUCAAAUUUCUCUAUGAGCAAUUAUGUGGGCUGUUCUAAAGCAUCUACGUCCAUCCUUUCGUUUGUGUGUGUGUGUUUUUUUUUUUUUUUUUGUGCGCAUGCUACCUAUUUAACACAGGCGUACGCUCUACAGGUUCUUAUUCUAUAGAGCAGGAUAAUAGUCAGGUGAAACAAGAACACCAAGCCCAGGAUUCUGUUUCGGGUUCUCAUUUUUUUUCGUGGUUGGUUCCGUGUGUUUGCGGCUAUUAAAGUAUUCGGAAAGUAAA